AUGGCCGACGUGAUCAUCCCGGAGAAGUACACACGCGAUUACAACACCGAUCACAGUGGACGCAGCACGCCGGUUCCUGUAACAACAAAAUUCAGCUAUGGCACAGCUGGCUUUCGAGCGAAUGCAACUCAGCUGCCGUUUGUCGUAUUCCGUGUCGGAUAUUUGGCUGCUAUCCGUUCAAAGUAUUUGAAUAAAGCUCUGGGUAUUAUGGUGACAGCAUCACACAAUCCGGUGGAAGACAACGGUGUGAAAAUUAUCGAUCCGUCCGGUGAGAUGUUGGACAGUAGCUGGGAGGAAUAUGCAGAUUCGAUUGUCAAUGCGAGUGAUGAAGAAUUUGUUGAGAAGAUGCGUGAGUUUCGUCAACGGUAUGGUGCACGUGGUGGCCGAAAUGCUUGUAUUCUUACAGCGAUCGAUACACGACCGAGUUCGGGACAUCUGGAAGAUGCAGCCUGCCGUGGAGCGCAAUGUGCCAAUGUUAAUGUACAAAGACUAGGUAUACUGACAACACCACAGUUGCACUACAUUGUCCGGUGUCAAAAUGAUCCACUAUAUGGUGCUGCUACAGAGAAGGGAUAUUAUGAGCGAGUGCGGAAUUCCAUGGAUGGCUUAAAUUUUAGCACUCGUUCCGGGAAUGCGUAUACGCCAAUACUGUAUUUGGAUUGUGCAAACGGCGUUGGUGCUCAGCAGUUCCGGAAAUUGCACUUCGAUCAAUCAUCUCUGCAUGUGAUUCUUGUAAAUGACCAAUUAGCCUCCCUUAAUGACCACUGUGGUGCAGAUUAUGUGAAAAUAGAGAAGAAGUUCCCGCGUAAUUUUGAGAAAAUCGAAGCACUCCAGCGCUGUGCAUCGUUCGAUGGCGAUGCUGAUCGUCUAAUCUACUUUUAUCGCGAUUGCUCAGACCAGCUUGUACUCGUUGACGGCGACAAAAUAGCGGCGCUUUUCGCGAAAUUUCUCACAGAGCAGAUAAAGGGAGCGGCGCUUGGUGAUAUAUUUUCGCUAUCAGUUAUACAGACAGCUUACGCAAACGGGAAUUCUACGAAAUUUUUGCAAGAGGAACUGGGAAUCCGUGCAUGUUGUGUUGCAACAGGAAUCAAAAAUUUGCAAAGAGAAGCGAUGAAAUAUGAUAUUGGGGUAUAUUUUGAAGCGAAUGGUCAUGGAACUGUAUAUUUUAGCCAACGCUUCUACGAUAUUAUGAAGUCACGCUUGCCGACAAUUGUUACGCAUAAGGAUGAUAUGGGUAAAAAAAUCCAAGUGAGGAGGUUGCUGUGUUUCUCAAAAUUGCUGAAUACAGUGAUUGGUGAUGCGAUGACCGACCUGCUAGCUGUCGAGAUGCUUCUCAAGUAUUAUGAUUGGACUGUGGAACGCUGGAAUAAUAUGUAUAAUGACCUGCCAAGCGUUCAGAAAAAGAUCAAGAUUGAUGAUCGAACGAUGUUUGAAGUGAGCGCCAACGAGAGGACAUGCAUUGAGCCGUCAGGACUGCAGGAAAAAAUUGAUAAUAUCGUUGCGAACCCUUCGGGUACCGAAAAUGUGUUGCGUAUUUAUGCGGAAGCUGCAACUGACGAGGAUGUGCAAGCACUUGCCGGUGAAGUGGAGAAAGCUGUGCAGGAGGUGCUGGCGGUGGACGGGAAAAAUGCUCGCUGA